GUAAUCAGCUGUUUAUUUAUCAGCAGCAGGCCACGAAAUGAGCGAGUGUUGAAAAUUUAUAACGAAAACAAAAAGGACCCCCAAAUUAUCAGUCAUGAAUUUAGCCAGAUUUUAUCGCAGAUUACAUCCGGCACGAUCCCAAAUCCGACAGUUCUGCUCAGCUCUAGAUUAUUCCACGGUUCGUUCCUGUUCGUCAAAUGCUGCUCCUCCGCCAGGAUUAACUAAACCGGCCCCAUCGGAACGAGUCCGCGAUCCACUGGAUGGCCCUCAACAGACAAUUUCCUAUGGACAACCUAUGCCGGUGACACAUCCCCAUCUGCUGCAGGAUGGUGAACUAUUACCGGGUGUCCGAUUGGAAGAAUUUCGCGCACGUCGUCGGGCCCUGCUUGAGUUGGUUCGAAAAUACGCAGCAGCUAAUUUGGACAAGAAUGCGAGGGAACAUUUGGUCAUCAUCCCGUCGGCCAAUAAGAAGUACAUGAGCGAUAAAAUUCCGUACGUUUUUCGACAGAAUUCAGACUUCCUCUAUCUUAGCGGUUGUUUGGAAUCGGACAGUACUCUCACGUUGGAACUUGACAGCGAAGGUAACGAACGAAGUGUACUGUUCGUUCGGCCUAAAGAUAGUCACGCAGAACUGUGGGAUGGACCACGGACUGGGGUCGAACUGGCACCGUACGUGUUUGGUGUGGAUCAGGCGGCCAGUGUCGCUGAAUUAAAGCCUUAUCUAAUGAAGUACUCGUUCGGUCAUCCCAGCGCGACAGUUUGGUUCGAUGAGAAGGGUUGCAAUUUGGACGAUGUGAGGAAGAUUGUUGGGGAUGUUAAUAAGAUGGAAUCCGUGCGGUCGCCCGUUAGUCUAGUUCACAAACUGAGGGUAGUUAAAUCUCCGGCGGAGAUUGAACAGAUGCGCAUGACGUGUCAGAUUGCUUCGGAAGCAAUUAACCGAACGAUUCGGGAGAGUAGUCCGGGACAGAGUGAACAUCAGCUGUUCGCUAAGGUAGAUUACUUUUGCCGAAUGGCGGGAGCUAGCUAUUUGGCGUAUCCUCCCGUUGUGGCUGGAGGUUCCAAUGCAACCGUGAUACACUACAUCAACAAUACUCAACUCGUUCGGGACGGGGAAAUGGUUCUUAUGGAUGCUGGUUGCGAGUACGGAAGCUACACCAGUGACAUAACUCGAACGUGGCCGAUUAGUGGGAAAUUUUCGGACCCACAGCGAGUGUUGUACGAAGUUCUCGCACAAGUUCAGACGGAGCUUCUGCAAUGCUUGCAGCAUGAGGGUGGGGAAACGCUUGAUCAGCUGUUUGACACAAUGUGUCUGAAGAUCGGUAAAUAUCUGCAGGAAAUUGGAUUGAUUCCGAAAAGUGUGAAGGGAAUGGAUUUGGCCAGAGCAGCCUACAAAUUCUGUCCGCAUCAUGUGUCGCACUAUCUGGGUAUGGAUGUGCACGAUACGCCACUAAUUUCGAGGAGUGUUCAGUUGGUCCCUGGAAUGGUCUGUACUGUUGAACCUGGAAUCUAUAUCAGCCGCUGGCGGAAAGAUGUUCCAGUAGAAUUUCGAGGACUUGGCUUGCGAAUCGAAGAUGACGUCCUCAUCAAACCGGAUAUGCAAAUUGAGGUUCUGACCGAGAGCUGUGUAAAAGAUUUGCAGCAACUUGAAGCACUCGUGGGUUCUGGUGGUACCUAAAUCCUAAAAUAACAGACCAAAAUCAGAGCAGGGUAAGUCGAACUUUCUUCCACAAUUCUGGAGCGAUUCAAAACUCUGACAAUGCGUUACACGAAGGAGAUGUACAUAUCUAGAUAUAUUUUCAUUAUAAAAUAAAACAAACAUUAAGUGGUUUAACGAUUUCC